UUGUCUUUCCUUGUCCUUGGAUUUGUAUUAAUUAAUCAAAAAUAAUAUUAAAUGGAUCUUUUUCUCUCUCUUGAAUGGCAAAAUCUACAUGGUGUCAGCUUCUGGUUAAAGUUCCUUUAAAAAGCAAGGAUUGGUUUAAUCUCAUUCCUUUUCUUUUCUGUAAUCUUAAACAAGAAAUGUGAGAUUGUGUUUCAAGGUUGAAGAUUAAACUACUGCUACUGCACCACCAUCCAAAUCAACUCAACUCAACUCUCUGAGUAUUCAGUAAUGGGGUCUGAGCAGAACAGAUUCCCUCAGCAGGAAAGGCGAAAAAGAUGGGGAGGAUGCUUGGGAGCUUUGUCUUGUUUUGGGACACAGAAAGGUGGAAAGCGUAUUGUGCCUGCAUCUCGUAUGCCAGAAGGCAAUGCCUCUGCGGUCCAGCCGAAUGGACCUCAAGCUGCUGGGCUGACCAAUCAAGCUACAACACUAGCUCCAUCACUUCUAGCUCCGCCUUCUUCACCAGCGUCUUUUACAAAUUCUGCACUCCCUUCAACCGUGCAGUCACCCAGUUGUUUCUUGUCAUUAUCUGCUAAUUCACCUGGAGGUCCUUCAUCCACAAUGUUUGCCACUGGCCCGUAUGCCCAUGAAACACAAUUGGUUUCACCUCCUGUUUUCUCCACUUUCACAACUGAGCCAUCCACUGCUCCUCUCACGCCACCCCCAGAGUUGGCACAUCUCACUACUCCCUCUUCACCAGAUGUGCCUUUUGCUCGGUUCCUGACAUCUUCGAUGGAUCUAAAAAGUACUGAAAAGUCAAAUUAUAUUGCUGCAAAUGAUCUUCAAGCAACAUAUUCACUUUAUCCUGGAAGUCCAGCUAGCAGUCUCAUAUCACCUAUUUCAGGGACUUCUGUUGAAAACCUAUCAUCAUCCUUUCCUGAACGAGACUUCCCUUCUCACUGGGAUCCUUCAGUUUCUCCCCAGAAUGGCAAAUAUUCAAGAAGUGGUUCUGGUAGACUCUAUGGGCAUGACACCACUGGUGGCUCUAGAGUCUCUCAAGAUACAAACUUUUUCUGUCCUGCAACAUUUGCACAGUUCUAUCUGGAUCAUAAUCCACCAUUUCCUCAUACUGGUGGAAGGUUAAGUGUGUCCAAGGAUUCAGAUGUUUACUCCAGUGGUGCAAAUGGUCACCAGAACAGGCACACCAAAAGCCCCAAGCAAGAUGUUGAAGAACUUGAAGCUUACAGAGCUUCAUUUGGAUUCAGUGCGGAUGAAAUCAUCUCUACUACUCAGUAUGUUGAGAUUUCUGCUGACAUAAUGGAAGAUUCGUUUACCAUGACACCUUUUACCUCAGAUAAACCUGCAUUUGAGGUAAGUGUAAAAUCUAGCAUGUUGGAAGACGGGCUAAACACAGAGAGAACAGAGACAAAAUUCGUGAGUCAGAAAAGCCAUAGAUCAGACACAGAUAUUGAUGCUGGUGAACACAAUGACCUAACAAUAUCAUGCGAUGUAUAUAAAGGCAAUUAUAGUCUUUCAUUGCACAACGUAGAGAAUAAACCAAGAAGGAAACCUACUGAUGUCUCUGGGUCAAGCAGACCUGGUAAUCAUAUUCUCACUGAAGAAGAAGACAUAUUUUCCAAGAUGGGGUCAUCAUCUAGAAUCAGCAGAAAAUAUCACCUGGGUAUGUCAAGUUCUGAUGCAGAAAUUGACUAUAGGAGAGGAAGAAGCUUAAGAGAAGGUAGAGGAGAUUUUGCAUGGCAUGACUGAAGAUCAGGCCAGAAACAGAAACAUUUUAUCAGUUGUUUCCAUAUGUAUUAAUUUGCUGUUUUUUUUUUUUUUUUUGGUCAAACUUUUGUGUUUGGAGAUCUUUGUGAUAGAUGGAAUGAUCUUAACCUGCGAUCUAACCAUUUCUUCUGCUCUUGCUCUCUCUCUCUCUCAGAUGUAGCCUGAUGCUAGCUGCUUGAUGAGUGUUUUUUCUGUGGUCCUACACAUUUUACUUCUCUACAAGCUACAUAUGUAAAUGUGAUGCAUCUAAGCAUUUAUAUGUAUGGUGCAUCUACCAUUUGAUAUUUAA